CUCUCGCAGACCAGUCGGCAUCUCGCGAGAGUUCAGUUUCCUUCCUACUAAUUAUGGAGGUCGGUGGGAAUGGUGGUGGAAUACCUGUAAACAAUAAACAAAGAGCGAUGCUACCUAAUAAAAGCAGGGGUGAAUUCCCUCGAAAUUCAAGGAAAGACUCAGAGGGGCUGUCGGAGUCCCCAGAUCUUGAGUUUGAAUAUUCUGAUACAGACAAAUGGGCUGCAGAGCUGUCAGAGCUUUACAGUUACACUGAAGGACCCGAGUUUGCUCUCAACAGGAAGUGCUUUGAGGAUGAAUUCAGAGCUCACGUGUCCGAUAAGAAGUGGACAGAGCUAGAUGCAGCUGAGCACAGAGCUCAUGCCAUGCGUCUGCUGGACGGUCUGGAGGUCACUGCUCGUGAGAAACGACUAAAGGUUGCCAGGGCCAUCCUCUACAUGGCUCAGGGAACCUUUGGAGAGUGUAGCUCUGAGGCCGAGGUGCAGCACUGGAUGAGAUACAACAUAUUUCUGCUGCUUGAUGUGGGGACCUUCUCUGCUCUAGUGGAACUACUGAACAUGGAAAUUGAUAACAGCGCUGCCUGCAGUAGUGCGGUCAGAAAACCGGCCAUCUCCCUCGCUGACAGCACAGACCUCAGGGUGCUGCUCAAUAUAAUGUACCUGAUUGUAGAGAUGAUACAACAGGACGAUCCAACCAAUAAACCCGAGUGGAAAAUCUUGAGGGAAACCUUUAGAGCAGAAUUAGGAUCUUCUUUGUUCAACAACGAGCCCAUUUCUGUCAUGCUCUUUGGUAUGGUCACCAAGUUCUGCAGCGGCCACGCGCCUCACUUUCCAAUGAAGAAGGUCCUCCUAUUGUUGUGGAAGAGCAUACUGUUCACACUCGGAGGGUUUGAGCAGCUUCAGAGCAUAAAGGUCCAUAAGCGUGAGGAGCUGGGACUCCCCCCUCUCCCAGAGGACAGCAUUCGAGUCGUUCGCAGCAUGAGGGCAGCUUCUCCUCCAGCCUCGGCGUCUGAUCUCAUCGAACAGCAGCAAAAACGAGCUCGACGUGAGCACAAGGCUCUGAUCAAGCAGGACAAUCUGGAUGCUUUCAAUGAGAAGGAUCCCUACAAGGCAGAUGAUUCCCGGGAUGACGAGGAUGACAACGAUGACAACGACAACUCUUUAGAGCCGGAGACAUUCCCUAUAGAGAGAGACGAGGUGAUGCCUCCCCCCAUUCCUCACCCUCCAUCAGAGAGGGUGUCCUUUCCUAAAGGUCUGCCCUGGGCCCCCAAAGUCAGGGAAAAAGAUAUAGAAAGUUUUCUGGAAUCAAGCAGAAGUAAAUUCAUUGGUUACACACUUGGGAGUGAUACAGAUACGGUGGUUGGUUUACCCCGGCCGAUUCAUGAGAGCAUCAGGACACUAAAACAGCACAAGUAUGUUUCUAUAGCGGAACUGCAGAUUGCAAAAGAGGAGGAAUACCAGAAAACUCCCCUCUCUGUUGGUGAAGAGGAAGUGGAGAUGUGUGCCACUGAGCUGCUCUAUCAGGGAAUUCUGCCCAGUUUGCCUCAAUACAUGAUUGCGCUGCUGAAGAUCCUGCUGGCCGCUGCUCCGACCUCCAAAGCCAAAACGGACUCCAUUAACAUCUUGGCCGAUGUGCUGCCAGAGGAGAUGCCGACGACGGUUCUGCAGAGCAUGAAACUCGGCGUCGACGUCAAUCGGCACAAAGAAAUCAUUGUGAAAGCCAUCUCUGCCAUCCUGCUGCUGCUCCUGAAACACUUUAAACUAAACCACAUCUACCAGUUUGAGUACAUGGCUCAGCACCUGGUGUUUGCAAACUGCAUCCCGCUCAUCCUGAAGUUUUUCAACCAGAACAUCAUGUCCUACAUCACAGCUAAGAACAGCAUUUCUGUACUUGAUUUUCCACACUGUGUGGUGCACGAGCUGCCAGAGUUAACUGCAGAGAGUUUGGAAGCUGGAGACAACACUCAGUUCUGCUGGAGGAAUCUGUUCUCUUGUAUCAACCUGCUGAGGAUCCUGAACAAAUUGACCAAGUGGAAGCACUCCAGGACAAUGAUGCUGGUUGUGUUCAAGUCGGCUCCCAUCCUGAAGAGGGCGCUGAAGGUCAAGCAGGCCAUGAUGCAACUCUACGUCCUCAAGCUGCUCAAAGUGCAGACCAAAUACUUGGGCCGGCAGUGGAGGAAGAGCAACAUGAAGACCAUGUCUGCCAUUUACCAGAAAGUCCGUCACCGCCUUAAUGACGACUGGGCUUAUGGAAACGAUCUGGACGCUCGUCCCUGGGACUUCCAGGCUGAGGAGUGCGCUCUGCGAGCCAGCAUCGAGCGCUUCAACAGCCGCCGCUACGACAAGAGCCACAACAAUCCCGACUUCCUGCCCGUGGACAACUGCCUGCAGAGCGUUCUGGGACAGCGAGUGGACCUGCCCGAGGACUUCCAAAUGAACUACGACCUUUGGCUGGAGCGCGAGGUCUUCUCCAAACCCAUUUCCUGGGAGGAACUGCUGCAGUGAAAAACGGUUCUAGUUUCCAGUUCGGAUUAAACAACCUUAUCUCUGAUCGAUCUUCAGCCGCUGAACUAUGUUGCGUGUUCUGAUGGACGGGUUUCCUUUGAGGAUCCAGCCGAGUCCUUUUGCCUUUAAGACAUUUAGUAUUAAUAUUAUGUAACCCAAAAGGAAAGCAGAGGGUUUUCUCUCUGCCCAAACUUUUCAGAGAUAAUGUUUUUAUAACUAAACUGCAUCUGGGGGCUCAAUCCUAAUCCAGAUUUUACAUUUCCAGGGAUUAAUAUAUUUCGGUGUGCCUCUUUUCUGCCACAGCAGGUCAGUAGAUGAGCUAAGAGCGCUUCAUGACGGUUUAAGAAAAAUAUCUGUAGUAGAUUUUAUGUAUUAACUCGUAAAAGAUGAACUUGUGUUUAAAUAAAUCUCAU